AUGACUGGUGGAGAGCAGGCAUUUACCUCCGGGAUGCCUAGCGGAGUGAACCCGAGUUUAGCCUCCGGGCCACAAGGAUUAACGCGACGGGCAUCGACAAGGAAUCCAGUCAUGACAACCUUCUCCUUGGAGGUGUUCGACAACGAGGUGGUGCCUUCGUCGCUUGGUAGCAUUUCUCCGGUCCUUCGCGUGGCAUCGGAGAUCGAGUCCGAGCGCCCUCGUGUGGCUUAUCUAUGCCGAUUUUAUGCGUUCGAGAAGGCGCACAGGCUCGACCCGAGCUCAACCGGACGCGGAGUUCGCCAGUUCAAGACUGGUCUCCUGCAGCGCCUCGAGCGGGUAACUUCCCUAAUCCCCUAA